AUGAGUGGGAGUAACAAAAAUGAAAAAAAGGAGGAGGACUGUAGCUGUUACGCGGAGUCUCGCACAAAGAAGACUUGUCCUCCCGUACGCAACGUGACGCACCCUCUGCGCUAUUACGAGUUCUCGCCCGACGAGCUGAAAGCGCUGGAAGAGUGCGACAAAGAGAGCUUCUACCAACGCUGCUUGCCCUUCAGCACGCUCUUUGCCACUGUCACCUACGCUGCAGUUAAAUAUGGUCAUUUCAAGCCCAACCCAAGAUUUGGUGCAUUCCCAAAGGUGACCUUAGCAGUGAUUGUGGGGUAUUUCUUGGGUAAGCUGUCUUACCAGCAAGCAUGUGCUGAGAAGUUGAUGGCUCUUCCAGGUAGUUACAUUGGUCAACUCCUCAGAGAAAGAAAAGAAGGAAAAUUUAGUGCGACACGCGCUCCCGCUCCACCUACAAUGUUUGGUGCAGCUCCAGGUGAUAUAUAUUCAGAUGCAGGCCCUGGCAACUCUCUGGAUCUCGAUACUGACCGACCAUUGUUCUCAGAGGACUCAUUUAAUGCAACCUCUGAAUUUGGUAAACCAUUAGAACCAGAACUGUCGCCGGCCCGGCCCGUUCAGUCCUACGAUGAGCUGCGCAGACGCAACCGCGGCGAGUACAAUGACGCCCGACAGGAUCCUUAUAAAGUGGAUCCAAACAGUGCACCGGUUGUAACUCGCCCCAGUCCACGCCCAGCAAAUCCAUCCGUCACUAACAAGUAUGGCGACGAAAUGGAAUAA